CGACCUUUUUAGUAAACACACAGUUUUUCCAAACCGAAGAACUCAGUAGGACGAGAAAGAAGCAUUUAUUUCAGGCAAUCCUCGAGGGCUGGUUACAAUUUUCGAAGCGUUUGACGUUGAGGAUGGCAAACCGAUCGGCUGUGAAAUUGAACUCCGGUCAACCAGAUUUUGUGCAGUUUAACAAUCUCGCGUGUGAGACAGCAGGAGGAAAGGUGAUUUUCGCUACGGAUGAGUGGUUUGCUCCUGCUGGAAACCUCUUGAAGAAGGGGCCUGCAGUGUUCCUUGCCUCAGCUUUCACCGAGUUUGGGAAAUGGAUGGACGGUUGGGAAACAAGAAGGAAAAGAAUACCAGGUCAUGACUGGUGCAUUGUGCAGUUGGGAGUUCCUGGAGUCGUUCAUGGCGUUGAUGUGGACACGUCGUUCUUCACAGGAAACUACGCACCUUCCAUUUCUAUCCAGGCCGCCUGUCUUGAAGGACGGUCUGUGCCGUGUUUAGUUCUUGAGGGAGAUCGAACAGGCAUGGCUGCUUCAGAGAGCCAGUUUGAAGCGGUGGCACAGCUCCGCUCCGAGAGCUGGGAGGAGAUCGUACCAGUGACGACGCUGAAGCCUGGAUACUCUGAUUCCUGCCACAACUUCUUCAGUGUUACCUUCCCCUAUCGAGUCACCCACAUCCGCCUGAACAUGUAUCCGGAUGGAGGUAUUGCGAGACUGCGCGUGUAUGGGAUUGGACAAAGAGACUGGUCGAGUGUACUCAGUCAGGAGGAAACAGAUCUUGUCUCACUGGUCAAUGGCGGAGUGUGUGUGGGCUACAGCGAUGCACAUUUUGGUCACCCACGCAACAUGAUCGGUUUGGGAAGGGCUGACAACAUGGCUGAUGGAUGGGAGACAGCACGACGCCUGGAUCGUCCCAAAGUGUUGAAAAUGGACAAGAAGGGCAUCUUGCAGGUCCCUGGAUUUGAGUGGGCCGUCUUCAGACUUGGACAUCCUGGUGUGAUCAGCAGAAUUGAAAUAGACACCAAUCAUUUUAAAGGUAAUUUUCCUGACUGGUGUAAAAUUGAGGCGUGUUGUUUAACCCCAGAGGAGGAACAAACCUAUAUAAAGCACAAGUGGAUUAGUGACAAAGGUCCCACGUGGAAAAUCCUUCUUCUUCCUCGGAAACUGAAGCCUCACUACAGGCACUUGUACUCUGGAGAGUGUGUGCUGCAGUGUGGGCGUGUAAGUCAUGUGAGGCUCGUAAUUGCUCCUGAUGGAGGGGUCAGCCGGCUCAGACUCUGGGGUCACAUCAUCUCCAACGCUUCAACUAAUCCUCAUCAAAUCUCAAAACUCUGACCCUUAAAACUACACCAGAGCGGUCUGAUCGCACAGAACCAUUUAGGUGACAUGGUAGUGUGAUUAAAAAAAAAAACCGACGAAUAAGCCUAUUAAAGUCACAAGUGAAGUUUCUCGAGAUCUGUUUUGUGCCUCAUAGCAAUUCUUGUCUAUUAAAACGAGUGUGGCAGAGAGAAAUCAAUUGAAUUAGACCAUUUUGACCGUCGGAACCUAAGCACGGAGAUAACAUAGUAUUACACUUGUUCCUGCCUUAAUCGGACGUAAUCGAGUAUUUGUUUCCUGCAGUAUAUUAAGACACGGGCUGCAUUAUUAAUUGAUAAGUGAGGAUCGAAUUGGCUGAAAUAAAGACAACAUGCCAUUAAAGAAAAUAAAUACUG